CACAGGUUAUAUAAAAAGAAAACAAAACCUAAUAACAAGGCUCUUCAAAACUGCAGUUUUUUUGUACUGAUAUCACAAGUUGUGUGCCACCCAAAACCUUUUAAGGUUGUGUGGAUGAUCAGUACAGAAGAUGGAAAAGAAAUCUGCAGACGUGGAAACAGUUACAGGUGCAUCAGGAAUCCUCAGUGUUUCUCAGAGUUUUGGCAGUUUCGGCCGUGACUACAAGAGUAUAAUCCCUGCACGAGAUGCCAGGUCCGUCAGUUGGGAUAGACCUAAUCUCAGCAACCCUAAGAUUCCUGGUUUGCUGAGGAGAGUUUUGAAGGGGGGGUCUGAUAGAAAGUCCAGACAUCAAGAGGUUGGUGAAUGGAGCCUGGAAGAGUGUCGACACUCCAUCAUGGAGCUGGCAAAGGAGAUGAACAGAGUCAUGAAGAACUCUGCCAUUCCUACCCCUGUGUCCAGUGAGGAUACGUGCAGCCUGGAAGAGUGUCGCUGCUUCAUCAUGAAAUGGGCUGACGAGUUGGACAAGCUGGUCCAGACACCAAAGCAAAGCCAGAGUGCUGGGCAGGUUGAGCAAAGAAAAGGAGCAGAGCUGAGAAACAAAGAGGAUCUCCCAGGACCAGAGGGGGAGGAGCUGAGUGAGGGGGCGGGGCAGAAACAGGGGGAGGAGCUAAAUCAAGAGGAGGAGCAAAGACUGAAGGACGGUCAUGACAUGAUCAUGCAGUGGGCAAGAGAGCUGAAGACAGUGCCAGAGAACUCUGUCUCAGCGGGGGAGGCUGUGGAACAGGGUCUUGCAGAGCUGGUGAAGGAGUGGAAACGAGGCAAGCUGAGUAACAUCUUACCCAUCAUGGAGUUCAUCAUGUGGACCCUGAUCAAGGAGGAGGCAGACAAGGGAAUUGUCACUCGGAUGUGGUUCUUUAGGAUGCUAAAAUCUCAGAAUAUUGGUGCUGGGAGAUGCAUCCCUGAUUCAGUCUGGCAGUGGAUUCACAAGGCAUCAGUUGAUGUGACUCUGGACCCUGAUACAGCACACCCCGAGCUCAUCCUGUCUGCGGAGGGGAAACGAGUGAGAGAGGGAGAGACACGGCAGGAUCUCCCUGACAAUCCAGAGAGAUUUAAUAACACGUUCUGUGUGCUGGGCAGGGAGGGCUUCACCUCGGGGAGACGCUACUGGCAGGUGCAGGUGGGGGGGAAUACAAACUGGAGAUUAGGAGUCAGCAGACAGUCUGCCAAGAGGAAGGGGGGAUCAGCAUGACCCCCCAGCAGGGUUACUGGACUGUGGAGUGGAGGAGGAGUAGAGAUGAGUUCACUGCUCUCACUGACCCCCAGACCCCCAUCCCCCUGAACCUGAAGCCCCAGAAGCUGGGGGUGUAUCUGGAUUAUGAGGAAGGGCAGCUCUCCUUUUACAAUGUGGAGACCAGAUCUCACAUCUACACUUUCACUGACAUGGAGUUCAAUCCCAAUGAGAAACUCUAUCCAUUCUUCUGGACUUACAGUGAUACAGACCUUGUGCUGGAGUCCCCUGACCCUGACCCUGUCAGCACUGCAGAUUAAACACACAUUGCUGUCUGAACCAGGAAACUAUUCAAACAGCUCAGACAAUCUCCUCUUCACUUUCACUGACACUCUCUCUGCACUCUUCUGGGCUGAUGAGAAGAAAUCCUCUCUCUUCCACCCUCUUACCCUGAGCCCCUCCUCUUUAUUUCUCAACACCCCCUUUCCUACUCUCCCUUCCCGUCUCCCUCUCUCUUUACCUCCACCUCUCUCCAUCUCCAGAUCCCUCUUUCUCUCCUCUUCUGCUCUCCUCUUUCUCUCUCUUCCCUCUUAUAUAACAAUCCCCUCCCUCUCUUUUUCUCUCUCUUCCCUCUUAUAUAAUAAUCCCCUCCCUCUCUUUUUCUCUUUCUCUUCCCUCUUAUAUAAUAAUCCCCUCCCUCUCUUUUUCUCUUUCUCUUCCCUCUUAUAUAAUAAUCCCCUCCCUCUCUUUUUCUCUUUCUCUUCCCUCUUAUAUAAUAAUCCCAAGACUACUAUUUUGCGCUACUUUUGAGUCCUUAAAAAUGUCUUUCAGCACAUCAGUCAAAUGAUCAGCGGCUCGCAAGGCUAUGUUAUGCUAAGACAAAAAUCCAGAAAGCUUCAGCUCUGCAGUUUUAACAGCAGUUUCUAAAUUUAUGUUUUCAGUACUCGCAUGCAUGCACUGUGUGAUUGACAUCUGAUUCGGAGCCAAACAUUCUACUCUCCCUCUCUCCACCCUGCCUUCUCUACUCUCCCUCUCUCCUCCAUCCUCUCUACUCUCCCUCUCUCCACCCUGCCCUCUCUCCUCCAUCCUCUCUCCUCCAUCCUCUCUACUCUCCCUCUCUCCUCCCUGCCUUCUCUACUCUCCCUCUCUCCACCCUGCCUUCUCUACUCUCUCCUCCCUGCCCUCUCUACACUCCCUCUCUCCUCCAUCCUCUCUACUCUCCUCUCUCCACCCUGCCCUCUCUACUCUCCCUCUCUCCUCCAUCCUCUCUACUCUCCCUCUCUCCACCCUGCCCUCUCUACACUCCCUCUCUCCUCCAUCCUCUCUACUCUCCCUCUCUCCUCCCUGCCCUCUCUACACUCCCUCUCUCCUCCAUCCUCUCUACUCUCCCUCUCUCCUCCAUCCUCUCUCCUCCAUCCUCUCUACUCUCCCUCUCUCCACCCUGCCUUCUCUACUCUCUCCUCCCUGCCCUCUCUACACUCCCUCUCUCCUCCAUCCUCUCUACUCUCCCUCUCUCCUCCAUCCUCUCUCCUCCAUCCUCUCUACUCUCCCUCUCUCCUCCCUGCCUUCUCUACUCUCCCUCUCUCCUCCAUCCUCUCUACUCUCCCUCUCUCCACCCUGCCUUCUCUAUCCCUCUCUCCUCCCUCCCCCCUCUAAUUUUGUACUGUGAUAUUUUGUAACAGCUGUAAGUCUCCCUGGAUAAGGGCGUCUACUAAGAAAUAAAUAAUGAUAAAAGACUUUCUAGACAAUAGAUGAAUGCAUUAUUUUCCAUGUAAUCAAUAUUUACACUGAAGCUGAGAUGUUUCCUAAAUAUUAUUCAUUGCUAAACUUAGUGAACUGAUUUCUGCUAUUUUGAUAUGAAUCUUCUGUUCUGUUUUUGUAGCGCUUCUAUUUUCUCUCUUUCUUGAUAAAAUGUAUAAAAGAUAUAACGGUGUUGUGUGAUUUACUGCUCAAUUGUUUACCUCGGCAAUCUUGAACUCGUAAAAAGAAAGACAUUCAUGACAGCAGAGUGCUGAUUAAAUGAGACCAUUACACAUAUGAA